UCAUGCCAGACCAACAGAAGAAAAUCAUUUUUUGCAUGGCUGGGGUCUUAAGCUUUGUGUGCGCUCUUGGAGUUGUGACAGCUCUGGGGACACCACUGUGGAUUAAAGCCACCAUCCUUUGCAAAACAGGGGCUCUGCUCGUCAAUGCCUCAGGACAGGAGCUGGACAAGUUCAUGGGUGAGAUGCAGUAUGGGCUUUUCCACGGAGAGGGUGUAAGGCAGUGCGGGUUAGGAGCAAGGCCCUUUCGGUUCUCAUGUAACUCCAAGAAGGAGAGUUACUCUCUGUGGAGGGCAAGGGGUGAAACCUCAGUUUUCCCAGACUUGCUCAAAGCAAUUCCAGUGAGCAUCCACGUCAACGUCAUUCUCUUCUCCACGGUCCUUGUUGUUCUAACCAUGGCGGGAGCAGCCUUCUUCAUGUACAAUGCUUUUGGCAAACCCUUUGAAGCCCUGCACGGUCCCCUGGGGUUGUAUCUUUUGAGUUUCAUCUCAGGCUCCUGCGGCUGUCUUGUCAUGGCUUUGUUUGCCUCUGAAGUGAAAAUCCAUCACCUCUCAGAAAAAAUUGCUAAUUAUAAAGAAGGGACUUACGCAUACAAAACGCAAAAUGAAAAGUACACCACCUCCUUCUGGGUCAUUUUCAUUUGCUUUUUUGUUCAUUUUCUGAAUGGGCUCCUAAUACGACUUGCUGGAUUUCACUUCCCUUUUUCAAAAUCUAAAGAUUCAGAGACAACAAAUGUAGCUUCAGAUUUAAUGUACUGA